AUGGGUGGCCGUUGGUUUGUGAGCGACGGCUCCGUUUGUCUGUUUGGCGGCCCGCUAUGCGCAGCUGAUGACUUUAACACCACGUGA